AACACUAUAAACCCUAGCAUCCAUUCUGAGUAAUUCUCUUAGGAACCCUUGCUGGAGAGUGGAGAAAGAUCUGCAGCGAAGAUGGAGGCAGCAAGAAGUGUGAAAGAUGUUUCACCCCACGACUUUGUCAAGGCUUAUGCCGCUCAUCUCAAGCGCUCCGGAAAGAUGGAGCUUCCUGAAUGGACUGAUAUAGUUAAGACUGGUAAGCUAAAGGAGCUUGCCCCAUAUGAUGCUGAUUGGUACUACAUCAGAGCUGCUUCCAUGGCAAGGAAGAUCUAUUUGAGAGGAGGUAUUGGUGUUGGUGGGUUCCGAAGAAUCUAUGGUGGAAACCAGAGGAAUGGAAGCCGUCCACGUCACUUUUGCAAGAGCAGUGGUUCAGUUGCACGCCACAUUCUUCAACAGUUGCAGAACAUGAACAUCAUUGACUUUGAGCCUAAGGGCGGAAGGAGGAUCACAUCCAGUGGUCAGCGGGAUCUUGACCAAGUUGCCGGAAGAAUUGCUGUUGCUUGUUAAGAGAGAUGAGUUCAUUCAAUUUUAUGAAUACAUGAGUUAGCUCAAACUUAUUGUUUCUGUUUGGACCUAAAUAGAUUUAGGGUAUUGUUGAAUUAAAUUUUGUGGAUGUUUUGCCUUUUCAGAAUCGUCUUUCUCACUAUGUCAAGUUUUGCCCUUUCAGUACCCCGAAGUGUGUAAUGUGGCAUAUCUUGCAUUCAAUGCAUCAUUACUUCAUAAUUAUACAUAAA